UGCACUGUACCCUCAGGCACUUUAACGUUGAUGAUUUCUAUUUAUAGGGAAAUUUUUCUUGAGGUUGUUGACGCGUAUUGGUCAUUCUAGAUGUGGUGCUAGUAUCUUUUUGUACCUUUGUCCAUCUGGCAUGACAACAUGAAUUCACCCUAUGCGGCUGUGCAGUACUACCCCGACUUUCCCUUUCACCGACUCCGGGAGAGGAGGGACAGCCCCUUCCUCGCCGCAUCGUCCCACGGUCAGGUGGCGCCCAACGCUGAGAUCUUCAACCAGGACGUCUUCAACCAACUCUUUGACAUGCUGGACCACUCCUCCAUACAUUCAGUGUUCGGUGAGAGUCCACCUCACGUUUCGGGGGGGAACACCAUCCAGAUCAGCAUGGACUGCAUCACCAUGCACAAGCCUGACGACACGCUAACUUCUCAGUACACCAACCUGGGCCUGUUGAACAUGGAGCAGAACAUCCAGAACGGAGGCUCCACGUCCACCAGCCCGUACAACACGGAUCACGCCCAGAACGGCGUCGCGGCGCCGUCGCCUUACGCUCAGCCCAGCUCCACCUUUGACGCCCUGUCGCCCUCGCCCGCCAUCCCAUCCAACACCGACUACGCCGGCCCGCACACCUUUGACGUGUCUUUCCAGCAGUCCAGCACGGCCAAGUCGGCAACCUGGACGUACUCCACAGAACUGAAGAAGCUGUAUUGCCAGAUCGCCAAGACAUGUCCCAUCCAGAUCAAGGUUCUUACCACCCCACCGCAGGGCGCCGUCAUCCGCGCCAUGCCCGUCUACAAGAAGGCGGAACACGUCACCGAGGUGGUCAAGCGCUGCCCCAACCACGAACUCAGCCGCGAGUUCAACGACGGUCAGAUCGCACCUCCGAGUCACCUGAUCCGCGUGGAGGGUAACAGCCACGCCCAGUACGUGGAGGAUUCCAUCACUGGGAGGCAGAGCGUGCUGGUUCCCUACGAGCCGCCUCAGGUCGGCACGGAGUUCACCACCAUCUUGUACAACUUCAUGUGCAACUCCAGCUGCGUUGGCGGUAUGAACCGGCGACCCAUCCUCAUCAUCGUCACCCUGGAGACCAGAGACGGUCAGGUUCUGGGCCGCCGCUGUUUCGAGGCCCGUAUCUGCGCAUGUCCGGGUCGCGACCGCAAGGCCGACGAGGACAGCAUUCGUAAGCAGCACAUCACGGACGGCACAAAGAGCAGUGACGGUACGAAGCGCCCCUUCCGACAGGUGUCCCACGGUAUCCAAAUGUCGGCCAUCAAGAAGAGAAGAUCCACGGACGAGGAGGUGUUUUGUUUGCCCAUAAAAGGACGGGAAAUCUACGAGAUUCUGGUGAAGAUCAAAGAGUCUCUGGAGCUGAUGCAGUUUUUGCCGCAGCACACGAUUGAGUCAUACCGGCAGCAGCAGCAGAACCUUCUGCAGAAACAAACGUCAAUGGCGCCUCAGCCGGCUUACGGCUCCAACUCCCCACCUCACGGCAAAGUCAACAAGCUUCCUUCAGUCAGUCAGCUCAUCAACCCGCAGCAGCGCAACACGCUCACCCCCUCCGGCAUGUCCGCCGGCCUCACCGACAUGACUCCUAUGAUGGGCUCUCACAUCCCCAUGAGCGCUGACAUGAGUUCACUGAGCCCCACUCACGCCCUGCAGCCCCAGCUGCCCCUGGUGCCCUCCUCGCACUGUACCCCCCCUCCUCCGUACCCUAUGGACAGCAGCAUCUCCAGCUUCCUCAUUCGUCUGGGCUGCGCAGGCUGCUUGGAUUACUUCACAGCACAGGGUUUAAGCAACAUCUACCAGAUUGAGAACUAUAACAUGGAGGACCUGUUGCGGCUCAAGAUCCCCCCCGAAUACCAGCAUGCCAUCUGGAAGGGCAUCUUGGAGCACCGGCAGGCCAUGGACUUCUCCCCCCCGCCCCACAUCGUGCGCACCACCAGCGGGGCCUCGGCCGUCAGCUCAUCCGAGGCGCGCGGCGAGCGCGUUAUCGACGCUGUACGCUUCACGCUGCGCCAGACCAUCUCCUUCCCGCAACGCGACGACUGGUCCGACUUCUCCUUUGACCUGGAUUCGCGCCGCAACAAGCAGCAGCGCAUCAAGGAGGAGGGAGAGUAGUACUGGACCCAAACAAAAACGCCCAGAACAUUCCCAAUUUUUUAUUUUUUUUUGUUAAAUAGACGUGCACUUACUCUUCUUCUUCUGCACGGUUUUGAUUUCUUGAGAGCACUUAAGAAAUGUUAAAAGUGUUUUUAAAAUGCAUUUCCAAGUCCUGAUUGUACAUUUCAAGUACCUCUAUCUCAAUAUUUAGCUGGUGUGUCGCCACCUAUAGGCCAAAGUGUUGUUGUACAGGAUUCAGGAGCAUCAUUUCAGUUUAAGUGUUAGCCACUCCUAUGUUGUAUUUGGUUGAGGAUUCUUACAUUGGAUUAAUGUGUGUACAUGUUGUAUAGUUUUUUUUUUGUCAUCAGAGAAUAAAACAUUAAGUUAGAACUAGAGACAGAUUUGUUAAAUUUUCCUCUUUUUUUGUACAAUUUUUACUGUAAAUACAUUGAGGCUAUUUUGAUAAAAAUCCAAAAUAAAUAUUUACCUUUCUCA